UGUGAUCUCUCCAACUUUGUUCUUCUUUCUCAAGAUUGCUGUGGCUAUUUGGGGUCUUUUUUGGUUCAAAGAACUAUUUCUUAAGGGGCAUGAUUCACAUCAUAGACACAGGUGUGUAGAUUUAUUAAGACAAUUUUCAAGAAGGUGGCAAUAAAUUGUCUUGAAGAAGGGAAUAGGGCAUAUGAGUUAAGCCAGCCCAGCUUUUCUGAAUACAUUGUACUCUGUACCUUUAAAGGUGCUGGAACCCUCUAGUGUGUCUGGUCAACUUGGUCCCUUAUAAUUCAAGGUCCAGUGAAGACACCACCUCCCUGGUGAGGCCUUCUCAACCAGGUGUGGUAUGUUCCCAAGUCCCAGAGCUCUUGGCACACACCUGUAUCUUCCUGCCUCACAGGAUGUUCUGUGUCCUGCACCUUCUUGAACCAUCAUAUUCACCUUACAAUUUGCCCCCCAUUCCCUGCUGAGCACAGCACUUAGUAUUUGUUGAAGAAAGAAUAUUGAACCUGUAAGGUUAACUUAUCAAAAGCUUAGCUUUGAGAAAUACUCAUCAGCAAAAACCAUCUCUAGUAUGCCAUGGGCCCUAUUAGUCUUUGAGAUUUUAAUCCUUGGACAGGCUAACCCAUUAGAGUCAUGUGCUCAGAGAGUAGUUCCCCAGGCCCAUUCUGAAUCCUUUGACUAGAGUUUGGCUCAUGCUUUGGUGCUGAGGGACAGUGUAAGAAACAGCCAUGUAACAUUUCUGUGUUUAUGGCAUGGUUAUAUAAGAGGACAUUAUUACAUCUCACAGGUUUGCUUCCUGAGGUCCAUGAAAAAUAAGUCCUGUGAUCUCGAUGCCAGGAACAUUUUGCUUCUCUUGAGUAUGGCAGUGUUUUUUACUUUGCAAAGUGAGUUAUUUGGUUACUGGGAAGCUAAGGUGUGCACUUUCCUGCACUGCUGUGAACUAACCUGGCCCCAUCUUCUCUGGAAUAUGAUUUAUCUAUUCUAAAUAACCUUUCUGUAUUGUGGUGAAACACAUUUUGAGAAUGAGGCAGGUGGUAACACCUGCCCUGGGCACACAGCCAUCGCCUGAGAGUUGGGUCUGGAACCAAGGUGCUCUGACUUCAUCAGGUAGAGAUGAAAAGAAACCAAGUGGAAAGGAAAUGUACGCUUCUAGGUCAGUCUCUGGGAUUUCCCAAGGACAGUGAGACACUGCCAAAGACAUCUACAUCCUUCACUUCAGGCCCCAAGGGGGCCCUGGAGUCUCUGGGAAGGCUGAGGUGAACAGGACACUUAGGACUAUCAAAUUGCUGGGCCACUAGGUUCGUGGCCCUGGGCAGGCUUCUCAUCCUUACACAAACCUUAGUGUCUCUUUAGUGCCUACCUAGCCCCUGGUAGUGUGCAACAAACAGCUGUUACUGAAUGAGCCCCACUUAGGCCUGGUUAUUCCCAGGUCUAGAGUGUCUCACUCGUUGCCUGACUCUUCACAUUAUGUCUGAAAGUCAGGACCAUGUGUCCUGGAGGGCAGGGCUGGUGUGGCCUGGAUGAAAUAAUAAUCAUUGCCUAUAAGGUGAAGUUGGAGCCAAACAUGUCCCUUCCAGAUACCUCUUGUCCUGAGGGAAGUGUUUUCAGAUAACUUUAAUCCUGGGACAAGAGGGGCAAAUCCAGUAUGUGCACUUCGUGCUCGAGAAGGUGCCGGAGGGUGGUGGAUGCCUGAGAGCCAGCCCGUCGCAAGCUGCAGUCUCAGCAGGUGGGCUAGAGGUCAGCCGGCUCUGAAGGACUUCACUAGCCCCUUCUCUCUUGCAGCUCUGUCGAAGAUGCACUGGACACCGGAACACGCCCAGCCUCUCAACCAGUGGCCAGAGCAGCACCUGGACGUCUCCUCCACCACGCCGUCACCAGCCCACAAAUUGGAGCUGCCCCCUGGGGGUCGCCAGCGCUGCCACUAUGCUUGGGCACACGACGACAUCUCUGCCCUCACUGCCUCCAACCUCCUCAAGCGCUACGCAGAGAAGUACUCAGGGGUCCUGGACUCGCCCUACGAGCGCCCCACCCUGGGCGGCUACGGCGAUGCCGCCUUCCUCAACGGCGCCAAAGGGGACCCCGAGCCCUGGCCGGGGCCAGAGCCACACUACCCCUUGGCCUCACUCCACGAAGGGCUCCCGGGAACCAAGUCGGGCAGUGGGGGCGGCUCCGGGGGCCUCGGGGGCUCCCCGGUUUUAGCCGGGAACCUGCCUGAACCCCUCUACGCCGGCAAUGCGUGCGGGGGCCCGUCCGCGGCGCCCGAGUACGCUGCAGGCUACGGCGGGGGAUACCUGGCCUUUCAGGCGGCCGCUCCCGGCGCGGAAGCCGGGGUGUCGCUGAAGCGCAAGGCCGCUGACGAGGGGGCAGAGGGCCGCUACCGCAAGUACGUCUACGAGCCUACCAAGGCCCCGGCGGCCGACGGCGCCUCCUACCCCGCCGCGGACAACGGCGAGUGUCGAGGCAACGGGUUCCGGGCGAAGCCGCCGGGAGCGGAGGAGGCGUCGGGCAAGUACGCUGGCGGCGUCCCUCUAAAGGUCCUGGGCUCCCCGGUCUACGGCCCGCAACUCGAGUCCUUUGAAAAGUUCGCGGAGCGCGCCCCGGCACCGGCUCCCCGAGGGGGCUUUGCCUUGCCGUCGGAGGAGCCUCCCAAAGGUGUGGACCCGGGGGCCCUGGAGCUGGUGACGAGCAAGAUGUUGGACUGCGGGCCCCCGGUGCAGUGGGCAGACGUGGCGGGCCAGGGCCCGCUCAAGGUGGCGCUGGAGGAGGAGCUGGUGUGGCCCCUGCUGAGCGAGCGGGAGCUGGCGGCCCUGGUGCAGGGCACCCAGGGCUUCUCCGGGGGCGAGCUGGGGCAGCUGUGCCAGCAGGCGGCGGCCGGGGCGGGCCUCCCGGGGCUGCAGCGCCCCCUCUCCUACAAGGACUUGGAGGCGGCACUGGCCAAGGUGGGCCCCCGGGCCUCCCCCAAGGACCUGGACUCUUACGUGGAGUGGGACAAAAUGUACGGCUUCGGACACUGAGAGCGCCCUGGGGAGGCCGCGGGAGCCGCCACCCCUCCCCACGGCCCUGGGAGGGACGUCUGGAACCCACCGGACUGGGAGGGUGCCGAGUGAUGAAUGUGGGAGGGAGAAAAGGGGCUGUUGGUGGAUUUUUUUUUUUUUCCGUGGGAAGGAAAAUGCUUCUGCUAGGCAGAUAGAUGCCAUAUGCGCUGUGUACUCAGGUUUUUUCUAUUUAUUGUGGACGGGAAGCUCGCCAUCUCCGCUCCUGGAUGGACAGACCCGGGAUGGGCUGACACCUGGGGCCCAAGGAACUCCUGCUCUCUCGCCACAAUCCUUUUGUCUCCUCGUUAUCUGAAUGACUCCUCCCUCUCCCCCCAACUCUCCCGUUUAGCUGCAUUCGUCUAGUUUUCUCUCCCUGUCGCAUUGUGACUGCCCUGCUAACCGCAUCCUGGCCCUGUUUCUCUUUUGCUCCUCUCUCCGUCUGUCACCCUCUGCUCUGUCUUCAUCCCUUGCUCUCUAGCCUCUGUGUCUCUUGGUCCUUCCCCCUACCUUCUGUCCCUCUCAUUCAAAGACUGCAGGGUCCCUUUGCAGGAGAUCUGGAGGUCCAGAGGCUGAGGAGGAGGGGAUAGGGAGUUCCCUCCCACCCCAUUACCCAGCUGAAACCUUGGGUCUGGGGGGAGGGCAAGCAAAAAACACCCAAAGAAGGGUUUUUUUGUUGUUGAUGAUUGUUUUUGAGGGGGAAAUCCCAGAAAUGUAGCUUGUUUAAUAUUUAGGCCUCUUAUUUUUGUAAGAUGUGUAGAACUUGCUGUUUUUCUUUUUCUUUUGACAACUCAGGAAGAAACUGACCUCAGAAAGAAUGUUAACACUUUGGCUACUCUCCUGUAUUUUCCCCACCACCCACCCCACUCCUCAGGGGAGCACAUUCUCCCAGAAGACUUAGAAAGUGAGACUUGUGGGGAAGGGGAGAGGAGGACCCAGAGCCACACUGAGACCCCUGCUUUUCCUUGGGAGAGAAGCAGAAUGUAUUUGUAGGGCUUCCUCCCCAGUCCAAGGUUGUAGGCAGGGGUGUUGGGGAGUAGGUUGUGGGAUUAGAGCAGGUAGAUCUUGCUCCCUUUCUGCUGCUCUUCCAACUGGGCCCCACUCUAAGCGUAGUAUUUUCUGUUAAGGGUUAACCAGGCUUGGGAUGCCCACUUCCUGCCCCUGACCCAGAGUAGUCUGAGAGGGCCCAAAUGGGUAAGUGACGUAGGCAAAAAGUCUCCAGAGAGGUCAUCUCACCUGGCCAUUGCCCAGGCAGAGGUCUUCUAUAACUUAGGUUAAGGGGAUUCCCUCUGGAGGGAAAGUUUGGCCGCAAGUCUGGUUGGGCACAAAACUGACUACAGACUCAACCUUCCCUGUCUGCUAGGAGGCUCUGAGGAGGGUUGAGUACGUGGGAAAGUGUUCCUCUCAUUCUCCUAGGGUCCUAGGUCUUGAGGGCAGGGAGUGUGAAAGGGGCAGGCUGUUUUUCCGAACAUUGGGGGUCUGUUCUCAGCCGUACCCAUACUUUCCACCAGAAGCCGAGACUUCGUGGGCUUUCUUCUGAGAACCGUAUUCCUCCUCUUCACACCAACUUCCCUUGAUGGGCUUCAGCAGUGUGAUACCUCCCCCUCAGGGAGCCCAUUUCACAACUCUGACCUUUGGUCCAAAGUUGUGGGGAACAAGCCCUCGUCCCUAACCUCUUUUCUCUCCCACCCAACCUCCCUCUCUGUUCCCUGCCUACCCUUAUAGCUACUACAGUCUCUGUACCACCUCCCACUCCCAGCUGGAAGAGUGUCCAGGGGGAACAUUUCAGGUGCCAAGGUGCUGAGGGCCUGUACUGUACUGGUCUAGCAGUGUUAACAGGAAAGCUGCUCUGUGUUUUCCCCCUUUUCCCCCUUGGUCUCUUUCUGGCCUUCCUCUCCUUGGAGCUGGCUCUUUGCAGGAAUUUGAUGCCUCAGAAGCAGUGGGGUGGGGUGCAGGGUCUUGGCUGUGAAAGGCCCUUGGAGUGAGGAGUGAGGUUCUCUCAGGUGUGUGUAUGUAUAUUGUGGGGGAGGGCAUCAGGGAAGUGGGGUUGGGAUCCCUUCCCUUCAAGAGGCAGGCAGCUCUGGGAGUUGGGGUGGGGGAGCUUACUGAUUGAGACCCGGCACCUCCUCUACUGGCCUUGGGGAACUUUGCACAAGGAGACAUCCCCCAGUCUACUAGCACCUACCUCAUGGGCGCUGGGGCAGGUAGGGAAGGGCAGGUGCAGCUCUGGCAAUGUUGGGGGGGCAUACCAAAGAAUCCAGGGGCAGGGGUUGGGAGAGGGCAGACUCAGCAAGCUGGCCCUCUCCUUCCUCUGCCCAGAUUGGGGUUGGGGUCCUCUCCUCCAGCUGUAACCAUUUCUACCUCAUUUUGCUGCGUAUUGUACAUGGACGUAUUUAUCUCCUGUCUGAUGAUGCUCUGCAGUUGUGGUCUGUCUACCUCAGAAGAGACUGUAUUUUAAAAGAAAGUAUUACACAGUAUUAAAGUGA